AUGAUGUAUCGAUGCUGUUUAAUUGCACUAAUGAUAGCGCACUGUGUGUCAUCGGCGGAUCCGGUGGCGCGCCGGGCCCGCCAGCUGAGAACGGGCCCAGGCGGCGUGGACGAACAGGACCUCCGAAACGGGAGCCACACUGAGGGCCCUGGGCCCAUCGGGUCCGCCGGAAGUCGGGCGCUCGAGCUGGGCGAUUUCGUGACCGACGAGCGACGGGGCGUCAUCAGCGAGUCCGCCAUCCAGCCGCUGAUCGAGCAGGACAUCUACGAUGACGAUGACGAUGAGUCCGGGUCGCCGGACGACGAUGAAGAUGACGGGCGUGCGGUGACGGUGGAAGACCUCGGCGCCGGUGGUGCUGGUGGUGGCCCCGGAAAUGUCAUUAUUCGCGAUGUCCUCCGGGUGGGAGUGGCGCUUCCGGGCAAACUGACAUCGCCGCCAGCGCCAGCGGACUCACUGGAGGCGCUGGUGGAAAAAUCAAUCGCAACGACCUCGAGGUCGAAACCGCACGCCAGCUCGCAGCACCACCGGCCGGAGCUGGGCCAACCGCAAACCCGGCGCACAGCAGACGAAAGCUUCCAGUCGUCGUCAUCAUCGUUAGAACUAACCGCUAACCCGGCCAGUGAUGGCAUCUUCUUGUCUACGACGGAUUUGGGUGGACUUACCACAGCCGGGGAGGGCGUGCCGGCCGGCAUAGCGAACGUGAAUCUAUCACUUGCAACCCAACGAACCAUCCGAAGGCCAUCCAACGGUGCGCAGGCCGUCGCAUUGAUCCAGAAUUUGGCCGAUGUCAGCACACCGCCCCUGGCCGAGCUGGACCUGCAGGCGUACAACGAAUCUCCCGAGCUGACACCGAACCGUGCUCAAGGCCACCAGCAACCAGCAUCGGAAGCGUCCAGCAGCAGUAGUAGUAGUAGUGAUAGUGACACUAAUCCCAGCGGCUCAGUCCUGAAUCUUGGUGCUGCGGGUGGGUCGGCUACAACGGCGACAGUAAUGGCGGGUGCGGGGCCACAACGACAACGGACGAUCAAUUCGAUGAACCUUAAUCCGACCACGCCGGCCAUGGUGGUGAAACCGGUCGGCGAGCACCGGAAGCUGCUGAAGAGCACCGGCCCCAUCCUGAACUACGUAUUCGACCACCAUCCACCGUACUACAAGUCGAACUACUACAACGCUAGGUACGGGCCCCACUUCGAAACCGAUAACGUCACCAACAUCACGGUGCAGAACGGUGAUACACUUUUUCUAAGCUGUAGGAUUAGUUUACUGCAGGAUAAAACGGUGUCCUGGGUCCGACGGAAAAGUGGCGAUACGGCCUUACAGCUGCUCACCGUCGGCCGGCAGACGUAUUCGGGCGACUCCCGGUAUCAGAUCGAGUUCCAGUACCCGAACAACUGGCGACUGAAAAUAUCGCAGGCUAACAAAAAUGACGAGGGAGUCUACGAGUGCCAGAUAUCGACGCAUCCGCCAAAAGUUAUUAUUUACUAUCUGCACGUCAACGCUCCCGAGGUGCUCAUCGUCGACGAGGAAGCCGAGCCACUGUACGAUAAGUACUACGAGGUAGGAUCGACGAUAAAGCUGAUGUGCAAAAUCCGGCACAUCUCCAUGCUCCGGUCCGUCGUUUAUUGGAUACACAACGAGAACAUCCUCAACCACGACACGACGCGGGGCGGCAUCAGUGUAAAAACGAAUUUAACCAGUGUCGGUGCCAACUCCACACUGUUCGUAGCAAAGGUCAACCGGCAGGACUCCGGCAGCUACACGUGCUCCAUCGGACCAAACCAACACUACUCCAUCUCCGUGCAUGUGCUCAACGGAACCGCCAAUCCGUACGGAAUCUAUCAGCGAUCGUGUGCCUUCUCCACGAUACUGCAGGCCGUAGAUCUGUGGUUUGUCGUCCGGAGUCUAGUGUUGAUACUGGUGAAACUAUCGUGGAGCAGAUAG